AAGGCAAAAUAUCUCUCUGUAGGAAUAAAAAAUUUGAAUAAAAUGUAUGUAUGUAUGUAUAGCCUUGAAUCCUACUAUAUUCUUGAAUCUUGGUUGUUACUAAAUUGAAAUCAUCCAUCUUCUAUAAUUGAACUCCUCUCAAUGGUCGUCCAUUUGUAGAGAGAGAAAAGGUUGAAGAAAGAGAGAGAGAGUAGGGCGUGAUGUUUGAUCUGAAUCUGAGCAACGAGGAGGCGAGGUUGAGCGGUAGUGAUGGUGAUGGUGGGGUGGUGGUGACGAGGGAGCUGUUCCCGGCACCACCUCGGAAGGGGCGUAGGGGACCCAGGUCUAGAAGCUCCCAAUACAGAGGGGUUACUUUUUACAGAAGAACCGGGCGAUGGGAGUCGCAUAUUUGGGACUGUGGGAAGCAAGUUUAUUUGGGUGGAUUUGACACAGCUCUUUCCGCAGCAAGAGCUUAUGACAAAGCUGCAAUUAAGUUCCGUGGCGUGGAAGCCGAUAUCAACUUCAGCCUCACCGAGUAUGACCAAGAUAUCAAACAGACGAAGAACAUGUCCAAGCAGGAGUUUGUCCACACACUACGUCGACGGACCACCGGAUUCUCCAAAUACAGAGGGCUAUCCGCCAACAAGGCUUAUGACAAGGAAGCUGUCAAGUCGAGCUCAUACGAUAACAGUCUUGAUUUGAAGUUGGGGAUUUCAACGCCUUCUUCCAAAGAGAUUGGAAAUUUGGGGGGGUUUCAGUUUCAUAUUCAAAAUGCAAAUAUGUUCAACGAAACCGGGUUGGGUUCGAGUUCAGAGGAAGUGGUGAAGUGGGCGUGGCGAAUGCAUGAUCAGGUUCGUGCAACACCAAUUACUGCAGCAGCAGCAGCAUCAUCAGGAUUCUCAUCGUCUCCAAUUCUGCUUUGUCCCUCAGUCUCUGCUUCUCGUCCAAUCCCUCCGACAUCUCUCAGAUCAGAUCCUGACAUGCAGAUACAGAGAGUGUCAUUGAACAGAUGAGAGUAUUAAAGGCAUCGCUUAUCUGAUAUCAUUCAUCCAAUUCUCUCCGAUUGGAUCAGCAGCCGAGAGACGAAUAUCGUGUAGCCAUCAAAACCCCCAAGCCUAAUGCUCCGGCUGCAGAGUUUACAA